GCCCCAUCUUUUCUCGUCGUCGCAAUUCGCACUUUCUCAGCAUUUAAUUCAGAUCCGAAAGCUUGAUCUCGUUCGAAGCUCUCUGCCAAGGUGAGUCUAGGGUUUCCUUCUUCUCGUUUCCGUUCGCAUCUUUUUAUCGUCAAAGUUGUUCGAUCUGUGUCCUUCAAUCUUUUCGACGUACCUUCAAUUAUUCUACUGCCACUCGUUCGUAGUUUGCGUGGAUGAUCGGUUUUCCUUGUGAUACUGCGUAGCGAUUCUGCAAUAGUCUUGGAGUGAUUCCGAAUUCGAUCUAUUGGAUUUCUGUAGAGCCUGGUUGAUUGUAUAAUUUUGCUGGAAGUAUGAUAUAGCUUAGGGUUUCGUCCUCUGUGCAAUCUAGUAUGCUUGUUCUAGUAUUGAGAGGUUGGACUGCUAGUCGCUGUGCUAUGUGGUGUUUCUCUGUGUUGUUUAUGAAGAAUAGAGCAACUUGUUUAUCUUGAUUUCUAUGCUUGGUGUAGAGUGUUUCCUUUUGUGGUUUAAUUAACAAUUCUGUUGUUCAAUUUUGAGAUCAUUCGUUGAGUUGAUUAGGGCCUCUUCCUCCCCCUCGAGUUGAAUACUUGAAUGUGCUGAUUCGAAGUAGUUUGGGGGUUCUUCUUCUUUCAUUCAUGCUACCGGAUCAGUUACCUUCUGGAAUUGAGAAAAUUGGUUUCAUACCUGUAUCCUGAUGCCUCUUUGCUGCUUAAUCCGAGUAAUGCUUAUUGUCUCCUUAUCGUUUAGAAUGCUUACCGCACUUGUUUUUCUCAUAAUGGCCUUGUCGUGUUUGAUAGUGGUUCCACUGGCUUUGUUGGUUUUCGUUUCUGUUGUACUUCAUUGUUUCUGAUCUUUGUUUGUUCCUAAUUGUUCAGAUGCAAAUCUUUGUGAAGACACUCACUGGCAAGACGAUCACCCUCGAAGUUGAGAGUUCCGACACUAUUGAUAAUGUGAAGGCGAAGAUUCAAGACAAAGAGGGGAUCCCUCCUGACCAGCAGAGGUUGAUCUUCGCGGGUAAACAGCUUGAGGAUGGCCGCACUCUUGCUGAUUAUAACAUUCAGAAGGAGUCCACUUUGCACCUGGUGCUACGACUCAGAGGUGGGAUGCAGAUUUUUGUGAAGACUCUCACUGGUAAGACUAUUACCCUGGAGGUGGAGAGCUCUGACACCAUAGAUAAUGUUAAGGCAAAAAUCCAGGACAAGGAAGGCAUCCCUCCUGACCAGCAGAGGUUGAUCUUUGCUGGUAAACAGCUUGAGGAUGGUCGCACUCUCGCUGACUAUAACAUUCAGAAGGAGUCCACUUUGCACCUGGUGCUACGACUCAGAGGCGGUAUGCAGAUUUUUGUGAAGACGCUCACUGGUAAGACAAUCACAUUGGAGGUUGAGAGCUCUGACACCAUAGAUAAUGUGAAGGCAAAAAUCCAGGAUAAGGAAGGCAUCCCUCCUGACCAACAGAGACUGAUCUUUGCUGGCAAAGCAACUUGAGGAUGGCCGCACCCUGGCCGACUACAACAUUCAGAAAGAGUCCACCCUUCACUUGGUCCUCCGACUUAGGGGUGGCAUGCAGAUUUUUGUAAAGACCCUCACUGGCAAGACUAUCACACUGGAGGUUGAGAGUUCUGACACGAUUGAUAAUGUGAAGGCGAAGAUUCAAGACAAGGCGGGCAUCCCUCCUGACCAGCAGAGGCUGAUCUUUGCUGGCAAACAGGCAACAGCUUGAGGAUGGUCGUACCCUUGCUGAUUACAAUAUCCAGAAAGAGUCCACCCUGCACCUUGUCCUCCGCCUCCGUGGUGGCUUCUGACGGAAAGCAGCUUGCUCAUGAUGGACUGAUGGCGCUCAUUUGUGAUAUGGUGAUAAUGGUGUCGUGCAAAUAAACUCUGAGAUUGCUCCUUAGUUUUUCUUUGUUUGAACAGCUUUAUAUUUGUGGAUUGUUGCUAGUUUUCUGUGUCUUUUAUCAGUACUGCUUUUGGGUUGCCGACGAUCAAUGCUUGGUCAGUUGGUCUUUAGGCCUUUGAGUAAUGAGAUGAUGGUGUUUUUUUGCUCGAAACAGGGGAAAUAAAGAGUUGAUUUUUGUGUUCGUCUAUGCGGUAAUUUAGCCAUGUCAAUGGUAUCAAGUAUCAACUCUCAACAUAAACAUGCACCGUCUCUCGCUACUUCUUCGAUCUCGCGAUUUAUUGCUUUCAGCUUCUCCUUUCGAUUCUGGACAAACUUAUAGAGCUAUUUUAGCAUCCAUAUCUAGGGUUCGUUAGAGAAAUCGAGUAAUGAAUAACUGGAUAGCUAAAAGUCGCCCUUAUUUUACUUUUUGGGUAAAUAGGUUGAUUAUAUAUUUUUGUUAAUCACAUAAGUAAAAGAAUGAUGUUGUUAAUGGAGGAUAAUGGAAGGUAACAACGAGAGUGACAAAAUAGACAAACACAAAUUACUGAAAUAAUUUUGCAUCAAAUAAAAUAUUUUUAAUGACAAACAUUAAUAAAUUGACAAAAUUGAA